AUGACUACUGAGGACUUAUCUGUGUGGAAUAGUUUUAUUCAAUCUCUCGAUGUCGACCCGGACAAAGCAAAGAACAUCGAACAGCUUCCAGAGGAUCAAAAAAGACAGCUCAUCGAGUCCUAUGCAGUCAAAACCUCGAAACACUCUGCUUAUCACUAUGUAACACUGAUCAAGGGUCUGCGCAACUAUCGUGGUACUCUUACCAAAUCACGGAAGAAUACUCUCCAGGCAGCACGCGAGGUCCUAACCUCCACGGAGAUCUCCCUUCGAACUAACAAUGUCUCGUGGGUCUACGAGUUUCUUGACAAGGGAGGGCUACAAGCUCUACAGGAGUAUAUGUCCAAGACUGUCCGAAAUAUGCUCAGUCAUGCCAUUCUGCCACCCUGUGUCUGCAGACGUCGGAACUGCAUGCACAGCACUUCUGGAUUGGAUGAAGAUAGGAGCGCAGUGGACUGUCAAAUUGCAGACUAUGAUGAAGAGAUAAUAUCAUCGGGGUUCUUUUGCCACCGACGCGGUCGCAGGAAGCCUAGUAGUGGUGAUCGAAGUGGUAGUCUAGAUAAUCGUCACCGUUCUACUGGAAAGGAUCCGUCCUCUGCAUCAUCGGCCUCCAUUUGCGAAAGCGUCCACCUUGGAGUCAAGUGCUACCGUGCGCUUCUCAAUAAUCAGCGAGGCUGUACGAUGAUCUUCGAACAACCAGAGAGCAUCAACACCAUCGCGCUCUGCCUACUACAUCCCAGUUUCCAGACGAAAACACUAGUACUGGAGCUCCUCGCGGCGGUGUGCCUGAUAGUCGGUGGGCACGACCGAGUGAUCACUGCCUUUGAUGAGGUUUGCCGUGAGUUAGGUGAGAGUCGACGCUUUGAAACGCUGGUCUACUUUUUCCGUAACCAUGAACGCCUUCCGCCCGACGACUAUAGCAUUGAUUUUAUGGUGUCUUGUAUGCAAUUCAUCAAUAUCGUCGUACAUUCCACUGAGGACAUCGCUUUUCGCGUGUUUCUCCAACAGGAAUUCACCAAUCAUCGCCUGGAUGAGUAUCUUCAGCAAAUCUAUGGCAAGGUAGGAGACCGGCUGGGUCGGCAGUUAGAGGCCUACCUGGACAACCACGUGGAUGUGGCGAUGCUAUUGGAAGACUCCCAAGCAAAGGAGGCCCUGCAGGCGGAGGUGGAGAUGUUGGACGCCGAUCUGUUAGCCACACAAGGCCAGCUAGCCACCAUCCAGGCCGAAUACACUGCUCGCACUCAGGCCUUCGAGGAGAAGAUUGGCGCUCUUCAGGCCCAGCUCACGACACAGGAGGCUCUACUUUCCGACAAUAAGGAUGAGAUGAAGACACUGCGCUCACGACUGGCCGAUCAAAACUCUACCGCCUCGUCGAUGGAGAAGAAGCUGCAGCAGCAGAUUGUUGAACUGCAGGAUAUGCUGAAGGCAGAGCGCGAGCGUGCGAAAAACGCCCCCACCGCCUUGUCUGCAUUACCGGCUGCCGCCGCACCACCUCCACCUCCACCACCUCCUCCCCCGCCGCCACCACCACCACCACCACCAGGGGGAAUACCGCCACCCCCACCUCCCUUUGCCGCUCCAACUCUACUUGGAACGGCCUCGCUUGGCUCUCAAGCCGUGCCAAUUCGCCAACCCUAUCAGACGCGCUACAAGCUGCCAUUGUUAAACUGGAGCGUGUUACGCAACCAACAGCUGCGCAACACCAUCUUCGUGGGCAUGAACGACGAAAAGGUGAUCGAGGCGCUGGACAUGGAGCGUUUCGAGGAGCUCUUUCGUCUCUCCUCCAAAUCCAUCGGCUCCAAUUGCGCUGGCGCUGUCGCUGAUGGCAAGGUGAGUCCCAGGGAGGACGCCACAACGGUGGAUGGUGACACCCGCAACUCAACAUUUUCCAAGAAAGUGGCCAAGAAACGUCUCAUGGAUGCCAAUCGGCAAAGGUGCAUGGGUAUCCUGCUGCGCUACCUAGAGUCGGAGAAGUUUACACUGACUCGGCUGUGGGAGAGCAUCACGAACUUGGACGUAAGUCUGGAUGUUGCGGAUCGCAUUCUGCACCAACUGCCCACGCCUGAUGAGGCGCGAAUGUACCUCAACUACGAGUUCACUGAGUGCCUCCCAGUGGAUCAGCUCACUGACGAAGACCGCCUCCUCCUCCAUCUUUGCAAAGUCAAUCGCCUGGGCCCCAAACUCGAGGUGGUAGUCUUCAUGAAUACCUUCGAUUCCACUCUUACCUCCCUCCUCCCUUAUCUUCUGCUUGAGGCUGUUGAAUAUCUUGGGAAUCUUGCUCUUCUCGAGGAUUGUGAGAUUCUCGAUCAUUGUGGAUUGAUUUUAGAACAACGCAAGCGAUACAAAGAAAAAAUCUCGGCAGUCAACACUGCCUCGUUCAACCUCAAGAAGAGCGAGAAGUUUAAGCGCCUCCUGGAGUUGGUGCUGGCUUUCGGAAACUACAUGAACAGCUGUCGUCGUGGUGUUGCGUACGGCUUUCGUCUGCAGAGUCUUGAACUCCUGUUAGACACGAAGACGCCGGACAAGCAAACAACUCUGCUUCACUUCAUUGUCGAAAUUAUCGAGGAGAAGUUCCCUGAUCUGGCUAAUUUCUAUGAUGAGUUGGACGGAAUCACGGCUGCUGCUAGGGGCUCUUCGUCUGGGGUGGAUGUGAUGAAUGCAGAGUGUUUCGGAUUUCCGGUCAGCAGCAGCUACGACCACAGCGGUUGUAGGAAGGCUGAAUGCUCUGACAGCCUGCCGAUGGAAGCGCUGACCACGGACGUGGCCGCAUUAGCGGCGGGCAUGGCGGAAGCGGACAAGGAGCUGAUUGCGGCGGGCCCGAACGCGCCUCAACGCCUCGUCACCUUCGUGCGCGAUCAACAACCCCGAGUGACCGAAUUUCAGCGCAAGGCCGAGACGGCACGGGCUAUAUUCGCCCAGACCACCGAGUGGUUCGGCGAGGCACAAAACAAACCCAGUCCCGAGACCUUCUUUACCUGCAUUGUCAAGUUCAAAGUUCAGACGGAGUUGGAGAAGCGCCGUAGGGCGGAGGAAGCGCAGGAGCUGCGGAAGCAGUCUGAGGCAUCACUCUGCAACGGGAACGCCUCCUCACGAAACUCAUCCUCCAUCGCUCCCGGUGCUGUACCCUCUCGACAGCGUAGACCCAAGGAUCGAGUGCUCGCACAAGAGGCAUGGCUGGCAAAGCGUCGAAUUCAAAAUAGAACCAGGCAAAUCAACGGCGACGGUAUGAUGGACGAAAUUCUAGCAGCCCUUGGUUCCACACCGUUGCAGGCAGAAGUCCAUCCGCGGCGAAACCAUUUCAAUGAUCUAUCAGAAUGUGAGCGCUAUAAACUGGUGCUUAUGUGCGUGAACUUGCAUCCUGUCGAGAUCCUAACUGAUACUAUCAAGAGUUAG